AUGGCAGGUUUAAAGUUCAAUUUGGCGGUGAUGAUGGUGCUCAUGUUUGCAUCCAUGCAGUUUCACGGAAUGGUGGCUCAGACUACACAUGUGGUCGGCGACGCCUUGGGCUGGAAUAUUCCACCCAACGGACCUUCUGCUUACAACACCUGGGCAUCAACUCACACAUUCAAAGUCGGUGAUGUUCUUCUCUUUAACUUCAUCACCGGAUUCCAUAAUGUUGCUGAAGUUUCGGAGGCGGCUUACUGCCCAUGCACCACCGCCAACCCCAUCUCCGUCGUCACCACCGGCCCCGCUAGACUCACUUUAACACACCUGGCACACACUAUUACAUCUGCACCUUUGGAACUCAUUGCCAAAUUGGUCAAAAACUAA